AAUUAAAAUGACGGUAUAUUCCUAUUUAGUUAUAUUAUUUAUUCUUCUUGAUAACUAUUGUUCCGCAUACGGAUAUGGUUAUUCAUAUCAUCGACGCAGACGUUUUGAUCCAGCUAUUGCUACAUUUACAAAAGAACCAGUUUUAGGUUCGGUGUGGUUUACACAACAUGGAGAUUUUAUGUACCUCAAUGGGAGUGUGGCAGUACUCCCACCCGAUGCAGUGUUGGGUGUACAUAUUCAUCGUUAUGGAGGACUUGGAAACAUGUGUCUUGAAGCUGGUCCUCAUUUCAAUCCAUUCCACCAAGAUUAUACAUCAGGCGUGAUUGCGUUGGUGUUCAUCGUGUUCUAUUUGAGGAUCUUGCUUUUCGGUUGUGUAUGCUGUAUUUGCAUAAAAACAACAAAUGAAAAAUGGUCUAUGAAGUGAAAUCAACGUCACUGUAUACACGUUUGCAGUUUAACCAAACGUCAUGGUGGACGUCAUGGAUACCCUAGACAUGCUGGAGACUUGGGAAACAUUAGAGUUGGACACAACAGUGUAAUGAUAUUUGAUCUCUAUGUUAGUUUAAAAGGUCUAGGACCAUAUGAUGGAUUUAUUGGUCGAUCACUUGUUAUACAUGCAAAUAUGGAUGAUCUUGGAAGAAAUGCAGAUGAAGGCAGUAGAACAACCGGUAAUUCUGGUCCCAGAUUAGCAUGUGCUACAAUAGGAUAUCGUGCACCAUGAAAUGAUUUUUGUUGAAUUUAUCACAUAAUAAAAACCGGAUGAUAAAUGA